AUGACCACGCUGCUGGGCUCAGAGCGCACAAAUUUGGAUAUCGCGCAGCCACCCGUCAGGGUGAAUCGUAUUGCCGGGUUCACUGCGCAUAUCUUGGAGCUCAAAUUGAGUAUCCUAGGCACAGCCAAAGUUGAAAUCCCUACGAAGUACACGGAGACCUUUCCCCCCUGCAACAGAAUGGAGACGAACAAUAGCUCUCUGCAGUUGAUCUGCCCCAAUCUGUAG